AUGCUUCCUCUUCUUUCUGAAAAAUAAUGAAGUUCGAAGACUUUCUGAUGCAACCCACUGAAGAGCACAAGAAAACACUCAACCUCCAGGAAGAGGUGGCGAAACUGCAAGCAGAAUUAGAAGAGCAGCAGAAACUGAACAGGGUUUUGCAUUGUGCCCUGCAUGGCCCCUUUCUAUGUCAACCUUGUCUUUCUUCUUUUCUUCCACUCCAGGUUCAGGUGCUUCUCACAGAGCUGGCAAUGGUGGAGGAAGAGAUAGUUUGGCUGGAGUCAAAAGUGGAGAAGCUCAAAUUGGGCUUAUACCAACAGAAGAAACACACCAAACUGUGGGAAGCCCAGCAGCAGCAGCAGCAUACAGUACAGCAAGAAGAAAGACACUUGCUACGCCAACUCCAAAACCAAACAGAUGAGCCGAAUGAAAAAAUCAAACAGCAUUUGGAUUCAGUAUUGCAUGAAGAAUUCAGAAAGUACAAAGUGAAAAGGGAAGGGAAAGCCCCUCUGCCUUCUCCAUCAGAAUUCCAAAUGAUGUGUUCCAUAACAUCUAAUGAAGACAUGGCUGGAAAAGCAAGGAAAUACAACUGCAGCAGAAGCCACGGAAACCAGAGUUAUUUUGACGAGGAAAGGAGUGCUCAGAAACCAAAUCACCUCUCAGAAGAACUCAUCAAAAGCUUAAUAGCCAUAUUUCUAAGACUCAACCCGCAGGCAUUACCAGAGAACGAAGGAGCAAUGAAUGGUUCAAAGCACACCCUCUCCUGCAUGAAAUCAAGGGGGCUCAGGUCAAAGACCUCAACCAACCGUAAAGCACCUGCAUUUCACGUGGAUAGCAAUGCAUCCAAUCUUGACCCCUAUGGCAUAUUUUCGUACUUGGAGGGUGCUGUCAGGGACAUUGGCCCAUAUAAGAACUUUGUCCAGAUCACAAGAAGCUGCUCACUGGACGAUGCCAGUAUUUCCGAAUGUUUUCCAGCAAUCGAAAAAUUGAGGGAGUUGAUGCUUAAACUCUGCAAUGUGGAUUUGACUUUCCUGACCUACAAGCAGAAGCUGGCAUUUUGGAUCAACAUAUACAAUGCUUGCAUAAUGCAUGCAUUUCUACAACAUGGGCAGCCUGCCACGGAAGAGAAACUGCUAGUUCUCAUGAACAAGGCUGUAUUGAAUGUUGGUGGCGUAGUAUUGAAUGUUCUGGCUAUCGAGCAUUUCAUUCUCCGGCAUCCAUGUGAUUCAAACCAUGGCCCUUUGGAUGAGAAGGAAAUGCUGCUGAGACACACCUUCGGACUGGGAUAUCCAGAACCAAAUGUGACAUUUGCGCUUUGUCGAGGCAGCCGGUCUUCGCCAGCAUUGAGGGUUUACACUCCGGACGAAGUGGUGAAUGAACUCGAAAGAGCAAAAGUGGAGUACCUGGAAGCUUCAGUAGGGGUUACAAGCAAGAAAAAGAUUCUAGUGCCCAAACUUCUACAGUGGCACAUGCACGACUUUGCGGAUGGCAUGGAAUCUCUACUGGAGUGGAUUUACAGCCAAUUGCCACAUUCUGGUUCACUAAAAAGACUAAUGGUGGAGUGCCUCAAUGGAGGAAUUAAAUCUUCUAUAUCAAAAAUGGUAGAAAUUCAGCCUUAUGAGUCCGAAUUCCGCUAUUUGCUGCCCUCGUAAGUAAAAUAAAGGGAGACAAGAACAUACUGAAACACAAUUGUUGACAUAAAGAAUCUCCUGAAACCUGGGAACUAAGUACUCGUCGAAACUGCAACGACAUGGUGAUGCAAUCUGCGAUAUUAUUGUGCCAAUAAAGUUCUCAUGAGGCCAGAAUCUACUCAACUGUUGAUACACCACUGUAUUAUAAACUCAACAACACAUCUUUACCCUCUAUUACAGAACCUUAGUUUUUUAGUUAGUUUGCUAUAUUCUGUUUUUCUGUUUAUCUUUCUGUUUCUUCUUUUCUUUCUUCUUCUAUUUUUCUUCUUGAUCUUUCUUUUUUAUCUGGUUAUAAAUACAACAUGUAUAGCAUUGUAUUUACGUGUGGAAUAAGAAGAAGUAUUCU